AUGAUGUUAACAUUAUGUUUCUUAAUAUUAGUUUGCAAUCAAAUUCAUGGAAAAUUUUUAUCAAAUUCUGAAAGUUCAUCAUUUAUUUUUUUUCGACAUAUACGUUUACCAACAGAUGAUCAACAAUAUUCUAUUCGAUGUCCAUAUAAUUUAAAUCAUUUAAAUAUUAAAUUAUUAAAUUAUUCAAAUGAAAAUUGUUUUAAUUUAUAUUCAACAUCAAAUAAUAAUAAUAAUAAUAAUAUUUGUAUAAAUCAUCAUCUUCCAUGUCAAUUUCAUGCUAAAUCUAUUCAACUUCAUUGUAAACAUCAUUCAUAUUCGAAAUAUGUUGAUAUUACUUAUCAAUGUUUAUAUAAAACAACAAUUUCUUCGAAUAUACAACAUAAUACUUUUACAUUACAUACAUUUUCAUUUCCAAUAAAUUCAGAAGAAAGUAUUGCUCUAUUUCUAAUUGUUAUUAGUAUAAUAAUUAUUUUUUGGAUAAUAUUUUUUUGUUUUUGUUUUAUUUAUUAUCGUCAUGAUGAUAAUAAUAAUAAUAAUGAUGACGAACAUGAUUUACUUUCUCAACAAUCUUAUAUAAAAGAUGAUAUAAUUGAUUUUAAUUUAUUAUCUAUGAAAAAUCAUUCGAUUAUUGUUGAUAAUCUUUGUCUUCAUGUCAAUCCAUUCGAUAAUAAUCAUAUCUCAUCAUUAAGAACAACAUAA